AUGAUGCACCGUCUUUUUUUGGGAGCCUGUAGGCGGCCUCUCCACGCUCGUCAAAAAGGCUUCGCCAGUCUGCUCGGAGGGAGGCAGACGGACGGCCCAGCCUCAAGUUUCACUGCUUGGACCUUCCCCACACACACACACACACUCACAGAAGCUCCCAGUUAUCUCCAGCUUUUGGACUCCAAAGACUCACUUUCAUGCUGCGGGUUUGGGCAACCUUGCAUUUGUGCUCCAUAUGAGGGAGAAAGUGUAUCUCACGCCACUUCUCUGCAGAUCUUCCAGGCACACUGUGUCCUCUUCUUGAGCCACUUGUUGACGAGUUUGAAUCUGUGCACGGGGAAAUUCGGAGCGCCAAUAACUGAUGAUGUGAGCAAACUGUCGCUACUGAAGCACAACGUUCCCUCGGAUUAUGAGAUUCCAGUUCAGUACAUUCCCAAAGAAGUGGCUGGUGCCUGCUGGGUGGUGUUAAACAUCUACCCCUUGGAGCAAAGUCUUGGCCGCCUGGCCGGCAUGUUUGGCGCCAUCUCCUCCAACAAGGACAACAUCGUCGUCUUCAUCGCUAUGCUCAAGAGCCUACGUUUCACUUUUGACCACGGGGAGCUGGAAACAGCAAUGCAAGUCUUCCAGUGUCACUACCAGGAAGAGAAGUUAAAGACCGCACUCUAUUUUGACUACAUUGGGAAUGUCCUCCAUGCUGCACGUGAGGAAACCUCCAGCUUCUCCUGCAAGCCGCCGCCGUGUGUCAACACGCAGCAAACACCAGGGGGUCACCAGGAAGGUCGGGAAUACAGAUGGUGGAAAAGAACGCCUUUGCUGCUGGUUUUCAUUCCAGUCGCAGCUUGCGUCGCGCUCAUCGUAUGGCGGGUCAAAUCCAGACGCCAUUUACCAGAGCGCCGUGCCGAGAGCGUCCAACUGACCGCACCUUGUUACGUGAUUCCGGGUGUGUCUGUCUCUAUACCGCUUCAAACGGACGCCAACAGUCUCCCAGGGGAGGACGCUAUUGCGGGGCAUGAAAGCGGAUGAAGAGGAAUCGGAAAAGAUUGUUCUGGAACAGUUUUCUGUUCGCCGUGCACAAAGCAACGGCCCAGCAGGCCUGUUUUGGAGUAGCACGAUCUGGUGACCUUUCACCUUUACAUGUGCUCUUCUUGAGAAUGGACUCCCAAAGACAAAGUCUUCAUGUAUACUACAAAGGAGCCUGAGGAUUUAGCAUCGGGGUUUCCCACAUUGUGUAUAUUAUUAAGAUGAGAUGAGAACGCACAUGUGUGCGACCCUUGCACUUGUUGUUGGCAACAGCUGCUCACAAACAACCGCCGUUCAACAAGAGUCCCACUCUGUAUAUCAAAGCUCAGCAACAGAUGGCACAGAUAGCGAUGUGAAUCCCUCCAUUGUGUCCCGAGUGAUCUAUCGCUUCUUCUUCUUCUUCGCCGUCUUCUUCUUCUUGGACCACAGUGAAGAGAAGUGGACUUUUUUUUAAUGCCUCAUUCACUGAGUCAAUCCAGUUCAGUCAUGAGACUCAGCGGAGAGUGAGCGCUCUUGUCCGAGAUGUGUCACAGACGACAGGAGCAUGGAGAGGAGAUACAGACAAGGACGGACGGACGGACGGAUGGCAUGAGCUCAGCGAGGAGCAUAAGAGGGGGCUUGUUCUCGCCACAAAAGACGUGGCCGUAGGCUGGAGGAAAUGCCACUCACAAACAACGACUGAUGUCGGCAGAGCUCGAUGAAUCAACACGCGAGGAAUCUCCGCAGACCGCAGCAACUCAACGACGGAGGAUGAUUCAUAUUUCAAUAACAGUUUUUGAUAUAUCGGGAUGACUGCUUUCCAAGAACACCUUUGUUGAAAUGUUAUUUUGCUACACAAACGUCACACAUUUUAUAUGUCAGUGUGAGAUAUAACAACAGUUACACUUUCUUUUUGUACUGUUUUGUUAUUUUUGAAAAAAAAGAACGCCUAUAUCAUCACAUACAGGUGUUCCUAAUAUUUUGCUCAGCUUAUUCAACCACACUACAGGCUCCAAAUAUUAGAAACAGCUGUCAGUAUGAUCAGUUGUAUUUGUUGCCUCACUUAAAUAAAUUCAUCUU